AUGCAAGUAGCUCACAAUCUUUCAGAAUUCCAGGACGGUAAAGAACGUAUUUUAGUUUUGAAAGAUUCGAGCAUUCUCGAAAACGAAGAAGAAGGUGAUCAGUUAGUUUCUAUACAGAUUGAAGAACAACAAAGACUCAAAAAGAAUUUAGAAAAUAAAAAGAAAAAGCCUAUUUAUACUGGUUAUGAUGACGAAGAAUUUAAUUUUGGUGGAGGAGAAAUAUCUAAAAAGAAUAUCUUAUCACAUUAUGAUGAGGAAAUCGAAGGAAAUAAGCAAACUGGUUUCAUGUUAGGAAGUGAUGGUACUUUUCAAUUAAAUGAAGAUGAACGAAGGAAUGAAGUAGCAGAGAAAUUAAAGUCGAGACCGAUUUCUUUGUCUUAUGAUAAGAUGAUUGAAAUUAAAGAUUAUUACACCAAAGAAGAAGCAGAAGUCACUUUCAAGAAACCAAAGUUAACAUCAGUUUAUACAUAA